AUGACGUUUACAAGCCGUACUCUGAAGUCGAACGAGCUAAACUACGGCAUCGCGGAGAAGGAGGUACUAGCCCUUCUGAGGAUCUUGGAUCUGAAUUACAAUGCGUUGGUCGGGCGUCCGAUCCACGUGUUGACCCGACACUCAACAUUGGCGUGGCUUUUCAGAUCCACAGCCUUACAAGGACGCUUAGGACAGUGGGCCGCUCUGUUGUCGCCUUGGACACUUGAGAUCACCAAGUGUGUCAAAGGAGAGGAGGAGAUCUUGGGAGCAUUGGCAGCCAGUAUUACCCCUAGAUCAGAAGUGGAUAAGGCGUUGAUCUCAAUCGCCCCCAAAAAGGAGCCGAGACGUAAGAUCCAAGCUCCGAUCCUCACUAUCAGACGAGAUGGGGAGCUAUAUGUCGUCAGUUUCGAUGGAUCAGCCCGUGUCAAGAGAGGUGGAGGCGCCUACAGCUCGAUCCUGUGGAGGCUACCCGAACGGAGGGUGGUGAAAGCUAGAUCAGGGUAUGCCGAAGGCUUGACGGUGAAUGAGGCAGAGUACCAUGGUUGUUACUAUGAUCUGAAUCCACAGCGUCUGGUGAUCUGCGGAGACUCAAACCGGGUGAUCCGACAAGUACGAGGAGAGAUCUAUUGUAAGGCGCCAGGUCUGACACUGUUACGUCAGCGAGCCUUGGAUCGACUACAUCAUGAACUAUUGCACGUCAAACGAGACUGGAAUAGGAGCGCUGACAGCCUAGCGACUGCCGCUCUGCAACGACAAUGUGGGAUCGAGAUAGAGUCUGAUGCAGAGAUCCAGGAUCUCAUAACGUUGAAUCGGUUGGACGAGAUCCUGAUAGUGAAAGUCGAAGAAGAAAUCGUACAGUUACCAGCGGUAACGACCCGAUCUAAGGCUAGGUCGGGAGUGCGUGUGGGAUCUGAUCCAGACUCCCUACGAGAAGAAGCCGUGAGAGAGCUACGGAUCGAACGGAUCCGACGAGCGCAGGACGAGGAAUCGUGGAUCAUGGGCUUGAAGAAGUAUUUGGUCGGGGAGAUCCGCGAUCUGACACAUGAAGAGGCUAAGAUGUUAGGAUCUAUUGCCAUGAAUUACGAAGUGGAUCAGCUGGAUCUGCUCUUCUAUUGCCCGACAUCUAAGGAAGCGGCUGCAGAUCGAGAUAAACUGAUGCGACUAACCCUUAAACAGGACAUUUUACACCAUUAUCACACGAAUCUACAGGGUGGUCAUCAAGGGGUCGGUCGCACCUAUGAUCGGAUCCGUGAUCACUUCCACUGGAGUGGUCUGUAUAAGAGUGUACAGCGAUAUGUGGGGGAAUGUGUCGACUGUGAAACAGGCAAGGGAAAGACUCGGAUCCAGGACGAAUCACCCGGUAACCUUCAGGCAACGUACCCAUUUCAGAUCAUUGCCAUGGAUCACAUACCUUCAUUGCCUAGAUCCUUCAACGGCAACACCGAAUUGCUGAUCUUCGUGGAUCUAUUCUCGGGAUAUGUGAUCGCCAAAGCCAGCGCCUCUAGAUCCGCUCAGACAAUUGCGGAGACCUACGAGGAAUGUGUCUUCCGUCGAUUUGGUGCGUGCGAGGUGAUCCGACACGACCGGGAGCCUGGUUUUAUGUCUGAUUUCUUUAAGUCGUUCAACAAGAUCCUGGGACUGCGCCAACGGGCUACUAUGGCGUAUCGACCCCAAGCUAAUGGAUCUGCAGAACGUAUGGUCCAGACAACUACCAGAGCUCUUAAGAUGUAUGUGGAAGAUCUGGAUCAACGAGACUGGGACGAGUAUGCAGAACGACUCACUUUCGCGAUCAAUACUGCAAGAGAUCGGAUCCAAGGUGAAAUGCCUUUCUAUAUGAUACACGGCUGGGAUCCUAGAUCUACCCUGGAAGCUGUGAUCCCGGCCAGAGAACAAGUGAACCAACGAUUACGUGAAGCGAUCGCGGAUCGGGCCGAUACGCAUAAUGAUCUAGCUCGACCUCAUCCUGUAGAGCCCGGAUCAAGGGUCUGGUUAUACCUAGAUCGAGUGCGUGAAGGUUAUGCAAAAAAACUGGCGCACUUAUGGCAUGGUCCAUUCCGCGUUGCUGAGAAGAUCGGAGAGUACGCUGGAGUAGGAUCUGCAUACAGCAUUUUCCCGGUAGUGCAUGUAUCUAAGAUCAAACUGGUCAAGGCAUUCCCAGAUCGACCAAUAGCUCGUCGGAAUGGCUCAGAAGAAGAUCGGAUGGACUUCGAUGAAGCUCUCCUACCUGAAGAUAGCUGGAUCCAAGAUCGGGAUCCGGGUGAAUACGAAGUGGAGCGAAUUUGCGACAUGAGAACUGGCAAGAGAACGAGGUAUGGCCGGAUCUAUCGUGAAUUUCUGGUACAUUGGCGUGGAUAUGAAGAUCCGACUUGGAUAGACGAGGCAGACCUCAACUGCGGUGCUCUUCUUUAUGAGUUCUUGCGAGAUCGCGCUAAUCGCAACCGUUUCGGUGUGAUGCAAUCUCACGAGGAGCUGUGA